GUGAUAUAUUCUGAAUAAUGGGUGCUCGUUGAUGAGCAAGAUCUCUCCCUGAUGUCUACUUGGUAGGCUGGUGUUGUGGUUGUUAUGGUGUGUGAGAUAUGGUUAAGCGAUUUUCUUGUACUUUUGCGUCUUCCUGAUAUGCCUACUAUAAUUUGUCUUGGAGAUGAGCAAUCUAGAAAAUCAGAGACUAUUGGUUCAAAAAAAAGCAAAAUUCCAGGUGCCUUCCUCAAUCUUCAUUUAUUUCGAUUGUAAUGGAGCACGUAUUAGAUGUAGAAUCUUUAAAAAAGCUAACACCUGAACAGCAGAAAACUUUGAUAUCUGGUGUUAAGCAACAAGCUGCUAUUCUAAAUGCCCAGAAUAUGAUUACUGACUUAUCGGAGAGAUGUCUGACGAAGUGUAUCACAAAUCCAGGUAGCGCUUUGUCGAACACCGAAAGACAGUGCUUGCAGAGGUGUAUGGAUCGCUUCAUGGAAACGUAUAACUUGGUCUCACAAACAUUACAAAAACGUGUUCAAGAAGAAAUAGCCACUUCCACACGAAUGACGUAAUGCAACACGAUUUCCUUAGCGAUAAUCUAUGUUUAUUGUAGCAUUUCUUAUUUCUUAUUGUUUAAAUGUUACGUUUGAGAUUAUUUACAAAUUCGAAAGCAUCCAGUGAAUUAUUUGACAAAUAGAAGACAAGUAUACUUUUGAUAUCAUAUGCUGACUAUGAAGAUGUGUCUCUUUACUAGUCGAUGGUGGUUUUUUCUACUUCGCUCUCAUGGAUUUUGUUCAUCUUCUAUUUCGUCGUACAGAUUAUUACAUUAAGAAUUUAUAUAAAAGGUAAAAACCAUGCUAAUUCGUUGCAACAGUUUAAUUAUAUUGUUUAUAACUUGUUAUCAUUAUAUCCCAUUCGCUCCAAUUGCUUUCACGUUCGGAUGUUAUCUUAAAUUGUAAAGAUCUUAAUUGCACAUCUUUGCGCUGCUGUGUAACAACUGCAACUUAAAAUGUUUUCUCGUAGAAACUUU